UAUCGCUUUGGCGCCCCGACCGAGUGUCAGAGCUUACGCGCUCAAAUUUUUUGCAGCUUGCAAGUUCACCCGGCGCCGAUCAGUGUGCUUCUUUUCUCGUCUUCGCUCUCUGGGUCUCUCGCGUUCACGGUGUGCAGUGAGCACGAGCAAAUUUUUCAACGUCGAAAUUUGUGUGUCAUCGAUCGAUCAUCCAUUGCAGCAGUCGAUCGUCCGGCAAUUCAAUUACGGAUUCGAUACGCUUAGAUCGACAGUGAGCGUCAUGUGAUUGGCUGAUGAACUGGCGAUGCUGCAACGAAACACGAUCAUACAUUUCGAGCUCAAAGCAACGAAAGUAACAACCACAAGGUGGUGGACGGGGACGCAGCAGCAACAUGGCUACAUCGUCCUGGCAGCAGGUACUGCUGCGUAACAAUUCGGAGCUUCUGCGCCGGCUGAACAUCACCGAGGACGACAUCGAGUACGUGAACAGCUUCGGCGACGACUGGUCGACUUCGUCGGCGGCGGUCUCGUGCAACUGCGGCUCCUGUCCCUGCGACGGCUUCAUCCGCCGUCUGGCCUCGAGCUAUCGCGGCUACCACGGUUACGUGGCCCUGGUCGUCUGCGGCUUCGGCACCCUGGCGAAUCUCGUGAAUCUCGCCGUGCUCACCAGGCGCGAACUACGCCUCGCCCCGGUCAAUCGCAUCCUCACGGGUCUGGCGGGCUGCGACGUGCUGGUCAUGCUCGAGUACAUCCCUUUCGCCGUCUACGAGUACAUCAUACUGCCGGAGCAUCGACUCUUCCCCUAUGGCUGGGCCGUCUUCGUCCUCUUUCACAUGCACUUCAGCCAGCUGCUGCAUACCAUCAGCAUCGCUCUCACCCUCACCUUGGCCGUUUGGAGAUACAUCGUUGUCAGGUUUCCGCAGUGCAGUCGACGCUGGUGUACACCGAGUCGUUGUCGAGUGGCCCUGCUGAGCAAUUUCGUCGCGUCUGUUUUGGCCUGCGCGCCAAGCUACUUCGUUUUCGGUAUUAGGGAACAAAGACUCAACGAGGGUAAUGGGCAAGAAGUGCUGUACCACGUGGACGCAAGCAGGAUACCGCAGGGCCAGAGCUCGAGCGUCGACGGCCGAGGGCUGCUCUACAAGUUGAAUUUUUGGCUUCUCGGGGUACUGGUAAAGCUGCUGCCUUGCCUCGUGCUCACCAUCAUCAGUAUCAUAUUGAUUCAGGCUCUGUACAAAGCCAAGGCCCGUCGCAGGCUCCUCUGUCCGGUAUCGACGGCGGCUCUGCAACAGACGACGGGCGGCGGCCAAGCAGCAGCGGAUUACCAGCAGCAACUGCAGCCCCAGCACUCGCCGGUGUUGGCCUCGUCGUCCAGCGGCAGUCGCUCGGAGCGCCGAGCCGAUCGCACCACGCGCAUGCUGCUGGCCGUCCUCCUGCUGUUCCUCAUCACGGAGAUCCCGCAGGGCGUGCUGGGUCUGCUGUCGGGCCUCAUGGGCGACUGCUUCUUUCGCAGCUGCUACCACAGCAUGGGCGAGUUCAUGGACAUACUCGCGCUGUUCAACGGCGCCGUCAACUUCAUCCUGUACUGCCUGAUGUCGAGGCAGUUUCGCCAAGCGUUCGGCCAGCUGUUCAGGUCGAGCCGGAUCGUGGCCAAAUGGCAGCCCGCCUGCACCCAUCAAACCGAGCUGCAGAGCACCUACGUCUGAUGUAGCGCCAUAAAGUCGCGCCACGACGACCAUCAUCGUGAACCAGCAGCAGCGGCAAUUCAUUCAAAGUGUUACAUCAUAUAAAGUGUGGACGAGCCUUAUUGACAAUUUGUAUAAAAUAUAUUUUCUAUGAGUGCAACACGAAAAAAAAACUAUAAACAAACACACGCCGUUUCUAAUGUAUAUUUGUUGGAAUUAAGCAAAUCCAGUUACUGCGCGAGUGUAUAAGUGUGUUUUAUAUAAUGACUGUACUUUAUGUGUAUAUAAGUAAGUUAUUUAAACGAGCUCUACCCCCGUAUUACAUACGUGCGCACACAGUUCGCGUGUAUUAAGCGCGUAUACGUCGGCGAUCCUGAAUCAUCCCCCACCCCUUUCUCUCUCUUCUCUGCUCUCACUAUAUCCAAAGCCAGUCCUAUACUAAUUACCCGUGCAACAAACUUCCUUAUCCAACUUCCAUCUCGUCGAAAAAAAAUUCUUCCUUACCGUUUAUUUAACUUUUCACCGGAAAUUCGUUUGCGCGCAUCUCUCGCGCUCGAGUUGUUUCAGCGUUUUAUAACUGUCCUUUGCCUUUAUAACUGCGUGUACGCUGGCUUCUCGUGUUUACGUUUGAAGACAAAAAAUUCAACGGAAAUAAUGGUGGCUCGCGUGUUUAUAAGCGCACACGGUAUUUUAGGUCAAGGAUCAAAAAAAGAAAGAAAUCAACAACAAAAAAGAUCGCUAUGUAAAUAGAUAUUUGUAAUUAACAUACGUUUUAAUAAUAAACAUUGCAUGUAAUAAGCGUAAAUAUCUGUGUUUAUCAUUUUUUGCCGUCGAUCAUACAACACACAAAACGUUCAUAAUCAUGAAUAAUAUGUAUAAUAACAACUGCAAAUGUAUAAUUCAUCGGAGACACCCUGCGCAUUGCAAUUCGAAUGUAGUUCUUUAAUCGUGGAAACUCACGCGCGCGCGAGUUACGCGCUCAGCUAUAUUUUAAAUCCUCUCGCAAUAGCGAUUUGACCAGCAGCGGAGAAAAUUCAAAGUACGCAUCAUGACAGGGAUGAAUGAAAAAAAAAAGAUGAACCAAAGGUAUUUCGAUUUCCCUAACUCGCACUCGUGUCCCCUGCUGCCGCCGCCACCGCUGCUGCUACUGCUGCUUUGAUAGCUUUAAUUAAACCACUCUGUGAUUAACCCUUUAACGCCCGAAGUGACCAUUUUUGGACAACAUUUAUAGCGA